GCCUAUAGGUUGGACCUCGCCGGUUUAAGUUUCUGCCGCGAUCUCACCGGGAGCGCUGGUUCAUUAAGAACAUCCGAACCCGCUGCCGAUCGGCUUCCCUGUAUUCCCUUAUAGUAACCAGCAGGACACUGGCCCGCCUGCCCCAUUGUUAGCUAACAGGAAAUCUGUAGGAAAAAAAAGCUGCGAAACACAGUCACGCUUCCCUUCUGCGCCCCGUGACAUCUCCGCAAAAGAACACAGAACCUUUAACGGAAGAAGGACAAACAUGGCCAGGGACAAAGCUAAAGAAAAUGAUGGCGGCUGGAGGAAAUUUAUUUGGAAUCCCGAUAAGAAGGAAUUUCUAGGCAGAACAGGUGGCAGCUGGUUUAAAAUUUUGCUGUUCUAUCUCAUCUUCUAUGGGUGCCUUGCUGGUAUAUUUAUUGGGACCAUUCAAGUACUCCUGUUAACCAUCAGUGACUAUGAACCAAAGUAUCAAGAUCGUGUUGCACCUCCAGGACUGACCCAAGUACCCAGAGCCUUAAAAACUGAAAUCUCAUUUUCUCUGAGCGACCCUACAAGCUAUAAGGAGUAUUUGGACAGCAUGGAUAAGUUUCUUUUGAAGUACAGCAAUGCGGAGCAAACAUCAGACAUGUUCGAAGAAUGUGGCACUACCCCUGGGCCAUACCACGAGAGGGGGGCUCUCAACAAUGAUGAAGGAAAGAAGAAAUCCUGUAUCUUCAGACGUGAAUGGUUGCAGAACUGCUCUGGGCUAAAUGACCCUACCUAUGGAUUCGCAGAGGGCAAGCCGUGUGUCAUUGUGAAGCUUAACCGAAUUGUGUUAUUUAAGCCAGUGCCUCCACAGAAUAACAGUCUUCCACCUGAAAUGACCAUGAACUACAACCCAUACGUCAUCCCUAUCCACUGCCAGGGCAAGAAAGAAGAAGACAUACCUAAAAUCCGGGAGGUGAAAUAUUACGGAAUGGGUGGAUUUGCAGGAUUCCCACUGACAUACUAUCCUUACUAUGGAAAACUGUUGCAGCCUGAAUAUCUCCAACCUCUUAUUGCAGUGCAGUUUACCAAUCUCACGCUUGAUACAGAAAUCCGUAUAGAGUGCAAGGCCUAUGGUGAAAAUAUAGAUUACCACGAUAAAGACCGCUUUCAGGGACGCUUUGAUGUCAAAUUUGAUAUAAAAAGUAGCUGAUCUCGAGCACAACCCCCAUAAAUCUCCCCCUCCCCCCAAAAUAAACUUCUAGUCUUGAACAAACUGUCAUGUAUGGGACCUACACUAAAUAUAUAUGCUUUACACUAGCUUUCCGCUUCUACUAGGUUAGAAUGUAAAAUCAAGGUGUAGCAAUAGAAAGAAGUAUUUAUUCUAUGGUAAAUGAUCCAAUUCAAUGACUUGAACCUUGGGAAAUGCCCAUAUUGCUGUAAAUUGUUAUUCCAUCAUCAAAAUGUAGUAAAAGCAGUGUUUCUGGCCACAAACUAUCGCUGCUUUUCUUUUUAUAUUUUUAGUGUAUUUGUACAGUAGGACUAAGCGCAGAUUCUUCGGUCUAGGCCAAGCCAUGUUCUUUGUUUUGUUUCUGCUUUGUGAGCAAGUUUGUAGUCCAAGGUGUAAAUAGUCUGUAAUGGGGAUAAAACUGGCAUGGUAAUUUUGUUGCUACUGUUUUUUUGUUUUUUUUAAUUUUAACAGAAGUGGUGGCCAACCAAUGAUAUUUAAUAGCACUCCACAAAGUCCUUUUAAAUAAGGCAUUGAUUCGUUUUAUCUGUAAAAGAGCUUUUGCUUUUGUCUUUCUCUUCUUAGUUUCACUGAAAUGCAAGAGGUGAUGGGUUGUGCGGUGCUUUUUAUUUAAUGCUUUUUAUAGAAACAUUUCCCUUAAAACGCUUAAGCCCGUUAUGAAGGUGUGUGAGGCCCGAGUCCGACUGUCACUUUUUGUCAGGAAUAGGGCUAAUGGUUUUUGAGUUAUAUAUAUAUAUAAAUAUUUUUUUUUGUUUUUUUUUUUGUUUUGUUUUUUUCUGGAAGCAUCACAGUUUGGUGCUGUGUCUUUACAAAUGUUUUAACCAUUUUCAUGGUGGAAGAAUUUUAUAUUUAUGUAGUUGUACAAUUUUUAUUUUUCUUCAAGAAAAAGAAAUGUAUGAAAUAAAACCAAAGUUACCUGUUGAAAAAUAAAUCUUUAUUUUAAAACAACGUCAAUGGCAAUGCAGUAUCCCAUAGGAUGUAUUUAAAUGUCUACUGUGCACACAUUGUUCAUACAUCUGUAAUAAUUGCCAGGAGUCCUGUGCUCUUGUUGGAACUUCAGUCAAGUUAAACAUGAGACAAUAAAACAAAUAAACCAA